GGAACGUGGCUCCCAUAACAGAAGGGGCUGAGCCCCCUCCCCAGCAGGGCUUGGGGCCAGGAGCUGGGGGGAGCUAUGCUGGGUCCUGGGGCUGUGGCCCUCUGUGCCCCCCCCGGGAGGGCCCACCAAGUUGCCCUGUGCCAGGUUGGGGGGCGGGGGGGUGCAGUAGGGCAGCCUCGCCCACGUCCCAGUCCAGGCUGGGGUUGGGCACUGAGCGCCCGGGGGUGCUCUGGGUCAGGGCGGCGCGGGGCCCGGCGGAGCCACAGCUGGGCCUGUUUGGGGGCCGUGGGAUCAAACAGGCAGCCCCGGUGCCCCCUACCCCUGCGCCGCGCCUCAGUUUCCCCGUCUGCCCUACAGACGGUGGCAGGGGCUGGCCUCCACCCCGCUCCUGCCUGGCUCCCGGGAUGUGCCGGGGGCAGGGGACCCGAGGGGAGCCGGGGCUGCCAUCUGGGCGCCGUGUGGCGCCGGGCAGAGCCUGGCACUGCCUCUCCUCUUUGUGACGCAGCCAGAACGGCCCCUUGCGGGCGCACAGAGCUGGCCUACGGGCUUUGCCGGGGUCUCCUCUUGGCCCCUGGCCACGGCUGGGCUGAGCUGGGGCAGCCGGGAGCCUCUUUGCUCCCAGGGCCCUGUCCCAGCCUGCGCGCUCCUGCCCCAGGGGUCAGCCGGACGGGCGAGCCAAGAGGGGUGUCCGUGCCGCGCCAACAGCACCAUGGGCAACAUCUUCGGCAACCUUCUGAAGAGCCUGAUCGGCAAGAAGGAGAUGCGCAUCCUGAUGGUGGGGCUGGAUGCCGCCGGCAAGACCACCAUCCUCUACAAGCUGAAGCUGGGCGAGAUCGUCACCACCAUCCCCACCAUUGGGUUCAACGUGGAGACGGUCGAGUACAAGAACAUCAGCUUCACCGUGUGGGACGUGGGUGGGCAGGACAAGAUCCGGCCUCUCUGGCGACACUACUUCCAGAACACCCAGGGCCUGAUCUUCGUGGUGGACAGCAACGACCGGGAGCGGGUGAAUGAGGCGCGUGAGGAGCUCAUGCGGAUGCUGGCGGAGGAUGAGUUGCGGGACGCUGUGCUCCUUGUCUUUGCCAACAAGCAGGACCUGCCCAACGCCAUGAAUGCGGCAGAGAUCACGGACAAGCUGGGUCUGCAUUCCCUGCGCCACCGCAACUGGUACAUCCAGGCCACGUGCGCCACGAGCGGCGACGGCCUGUACGAGGGCUUGGACUGGCUGGCCAACCAGCUGAAGAACAAAAAGUGAGCCUGCCUCGGCACGCCC